AUGAGUGCACGACAAUGGACAGAUGACGACAUUUUUGAGUUAAUUAAUCUUUACGAGGAAAAGGAAUUUUUGUGGAAUGUUAAUCACAAGUUGUAUAGGAAUCGUGACAAGAAAAUGAGUGCGUUUGAAGAAAUCGCGACAAAAUUUAAUUGUGAUGUAAAUGAGGUACAAAGAAAGAUACAUAACUUACGUAAUCAGGUUUCACACGAACUUCAAAAGAUGAAAAAGGUGAAGAGUGGUGAUGGUGCAGAUGACAGAUAUGAAAGUAAAUGGAAGUUUUUCUCUGCAUUGAAGUUCAUUGUACCCUGCUUUAUACCAACAAAAACUACGUCAAACAUGGUUAGUAUAAUAUUUAAAUAA